UAAACUAAAAUCAUCGCCUCCAUUCGGCACGACUUCUUCGAGGCUAUCGUUUCUUCCCAACUUCGAUCUCGAUCUCUCCGGGUCUAAGAUGGCAGCAACAUCAGCAAGUGCCCUUUCCAUUGGAUCAACAAUAUCCAAUGGCUCCAAAGCUACCCCACUUAUGCAAUCGAAUACAUUUGGUGUUACGUUCAACUCCCAAAACCAUAUCAAGAGUUUUACUGGCCUCAAGGCUGCCGCUUCUGUAAGCUGCGAAUCAUCUUUCCUUGGCAAAGAAAGCACUACAGCACUUCAUUACUCUUUUGCCCGGAAAUCUCAAAACCAGCAUCAGACAUCACGAAACGUCCUUCAGGUUAAGGCCUCUUUCAAAGUGGCUAUUCUUGGAGCCGCUGGUGGUAUCGGCCAGCCACUCGCUCUUUUGGUGAAGAUGUCACCAUUAGUUUCUGACCUCCACCUUUACGAUAUAGCAAAUGUGAAGGGAGUGGCAGCUGAUCUCAGUCACUGCAACACUCCCUCCCGAGUUCAGGAUUUCACCGGGAACGACGAACUUGCCAAUUGUUUGAAAGAUGUGGACGUGGUCGUGAUUCCCGCCGGUGUUCCAAGAAAACCCGGUAUGACCCGUGAUGACCUUUUUAACAUUAACGCCGGAAUUGUGAAGACAUUGAUCGAGGCUGUGGCUGAUAACUGUCCUGAUGCCUUCAUCCAUAUUAUCAGCAACCCAGUUAACUCAACCGUCCCGAUUGCUGCCGAGGUGUUGAAGCAGAAAGGCGUCUAUAAUCCAAAGAAGCUCUUUGGUGUCACCACCCUUGACGUGGUGCGAGCCAACACGUUUGUGGCUCAGAAGAAGAACGUGAAACUCAUCGACGUAGACGUCCCUGUUGUCGGAGGACACGCAGGAAUCACGAUCCUACCGUUGCUGUCAAAAACGAAACCGUCCGUCGCAUUCACGGACGAGGAAGUGCAUGAUCUAACGGUCAGGAUUCAAAACGGUGGAACAGAGGUGGUCGAGGCAAAGGCGGGUGCAGGGUCUGCCACACUGUCUAUGGCGUACGCAGCUGCGAGAUUCUUGGAAUCAUCUCUCCGCGCACUCGAUGGAGAUAGUGAUGUUUACGAGUGCGCAUUUGUCGAGUCGCAAGUGACGGAACUUCCAUUUUUCGCAUCGAGAAUCAAGCUCGGAAAGAAAGGAGUGGAGGCGGUGAUCGCUUCGGAUCUCGAAGGGUUAACAGAGUAUGAGAAGAAAGGUUUGGAAGCAUUAAAGGGAGAGCUGAAGGGAAGCAUAGAGAAGGGUGUAGCAUUUGCACAAAAGCAAACAGUGAGUGCUUGAAGGAAGGGAGAGGUUUGAGAAGGUAAUAAUAACAAUUCAUCUCCAAUUAAUUCUCAAACUCAAGAAAGUUGGUUGUUGUAGAAUUUGGGUUAACAAAAACAUGGAAUAACGUUGUUCAUGUUCUUUAAAAAACACAAAAGAAACAUGACUUUUUGUUCUUGGAUGCCAUUGUGCAAUUUUUGUGUGGUGCUGUGAAACAGAUUACAGAGGUUGAUUGAUCGUUUUGCAAAUAGUCAAACAAUACUUGG